AUGAAGAUAGCUUCAUUCAACGUGCAGAGGUUUGGACAGGCAAAGGUCUCCGAUCAAGAUGUGCUGUCGACUCUUGUUAAGAUUGUGUCUCGAUAUGACAUCAUCCUCAUUCUGGAGGUUGUGGAUGUGAGCGGAGAUUCUGUCAAACUGCUCCUGAAUGAACUGAACAGGGUCAACACAAGCCAUCACUACUCCCAUCAGCUCAGCACCCGCCUGGGAAGGACCCGAUACAAGGAACAAUUUUUGUUUCUCUUCAGGGAUGAUGUGGUCAACUUGAUUGACUGCUAUCAAUAUGAAGACACCCAGGUCAACGACAUUGAUGCUUUUGCCAGGGAGCCGUAUAUUCUCCACUUCAAACUACACAACACAGUGCUGGAGGACAUAGUGCUGAUCCCGGUCCACACCAAACCCUGGGACUCGGAGAAAGAGCUGGAUGAGCUGUACGAGGUCGUCCUGGCUGUUAAAAAAAAGUGGAAAACGGAUAACAUAAUGAUCCUGGGAGACUUCAAUGCAGAUGGGGCGUACGUCACACGUAAAAAAAUGAAGGAGAUCCGCAUUCGCACUGACAAGAACUUCCACUGGCUGAUCGGCGAUGACGUCGACACCACUGCGAAUAUGUCAAAUGAUCACACCUAUGACAGGAUUGUAGUGUAUGGUGAAGACAUGCUGGCUGCAACUGUGCCGAAUUCCGCCAAGACGUUCAAUUUCCACACAGAGUUUGAUAUGACAGAGGAAAUGGCCCUGAGAGUGAGCGAUCACUAUCCUGUUGAGGUAGAUCUACAUAUCGCUUUACCUCUCAUGAUGUCUGGCCACAGAGGGGACAUAGUCGAUACCCAGAAUGCAUCUGUCAACAAAACCGUCAUAGAGAUGUUGCAGGUCGACGUGCUGAGACUGCAGAAGGAAAACCUCGCGCUGGAACAAAUAAAACUUCACCUUCAGAUCUCCAUAUUAAAACAGAAAUUUUCCAAAAUGGGAAUAGGACACGAGGAAUGA